AUGGCGAACGUUCGACAAAACGCUAUCGAAAGUUGCCUUGUUGGGUCCAUCGAUUUUGGUCUAUUUGACCCAGAAAAGAUAGAAAUGUUUGGAGCAUGCGAAAUUACUGAGAACCAAAUGAUGGAUAAAGGUGAAUAUGUUAAAGGUGGUUUAUCUGAUCUUCGUAUGGGUACACAAACAAGAGAAAGGCUUUGUGAUACAUGCGGCCGUAAUCAGGAAGAUUGCCCUGGUCACUUUGGCUACAUCAGGCUUGCCGAACCAUUUUUCCACGUCGGCUUCCUUCCUCAUUGCUACAAGCUUUUGCAGAUGGUUUGCCAUAAAUGUGGCCGUGUACUUUGCAGCUAUAGUGAUCCAGAAAUUCAAUACAUCGUCACUCAUUAUAAAGGAAAGAACCGCUUCUUGAAAUUAUUCGAAAAGAUUGCUUCUAAAUCCGGCAAAUGCCAGCACUCUCCAGAUCUCAAGAACCCUAACGAGCCAGAUGUUUGUUUAGACGAACGUUUCUGGGAACUUGUUAAUGGCGAUUCCCAUAGUGAACAUGUACGCGUCAAAAAGCCAUGCAAUGCCGCUGUUCCUGCAAUUGAGCAAGGAAAGGACUUCUUAAUCAAGCUGAAAGAUGUUUCCAAGACAGAAGAAGAUUAUUUAUCCGCCGAAGUUGUUCUUAGAAUCUUCGAGAACAUUUCUGAUCAGGAUGUCAGACUUCUCGGCUUCAAUCCAAAGCGUUCUCAUCCAAAAUGGAUGAUUCUCAAAAUUUUACCAGUUCCUCCACUUGCUGUUCGUCCACAAGUUGUAUCUCCAGGCCAGAGUGCCCCAUCACAAGAUGAUAUCACCCACAAAUUAAGCGAUAUCAUCAUUUGCAACAAGAGACUUCGUGCACAGCGUAGCGAGUCCUCUACAGAUACAGCCAUGAAGGAGACAAGAACACUCUUACAGUACCACAUUACGACUUACAUGAUCAAUGAUAAGCCAUCCAUCGAAAGAGCCGUAACAAAGAGUGGCAGACCACUCAAAGUCAUCUCACAGCGUUUGAAAGGUAAAGAAGGUCACUUGCGUGGUCACCUUUCUGGCAAACGUGAUGACUAUUCCGCUCGUUCUGUUAUUUCACCAGAUCCUUCCAUUUCUAUCGACCAAGUCGGUGUUCCAGAGCAACUCGCUAAGAUCCUUACAUUCCCAGAAGUUGUUACUCCUACAAACCAGAAAUGGCUCGAGUCAAUUGUCAUGAAAGGACAUGAUGACCUUGGUGGAGCCAACUUCGUCAUCAACGAUCACGGCACAAGAACAGAUCUUUCUUGCUGCACUGAUCUUUCUACAAUUACUCUUUCACCAGGCUAUAUCGUCGAACGCCAUCUUCGUGAUGAUGAUAUUGUCAUUUUCAACCGUCAGCCAUCAUUGCACAAGAUGUCUAUGAUGGGACACAGAGCUCUCAUCAUGUCAGGCCGUACAUUCCGUCUCAAUCUUUGCGAUACAACACCAUACAACGCCGAUUUCGAUGGUGAUGAAAUGAACCUUCACGUUCCACAGAGUCAGACUGCUCGUACAGAGGUCAGACAUAUCAUGGCCGUUCCCAAGCAGAUCAUUUCUCCACAGGCAAACAAGCCAGUUAUUGGUCUUGUGCAGGAUGCUUUACUUGGCUGCAGAUUACUCUCAAAGCGCGAUACAUUCCUUACAAGAAACCAAGUCAUGAACCUCAUGAUGUGGCUUCCAACGACAAAAGACACGAUUUUACCACCACCAUGCAUCCUGAAGCCAGUACAGCUCUGGUCAGGUAAGCAGGUCUUCUCCCUCUUCUUGCCGAAGAUUUCCCACAACUCAUACUCCCAAGAUGCGAACAAAAUGGAUCAGAACUCCAUUCCUCUUGCGGACAGACACGUUAUCAUCAGAGAUGGUAACCUCCUCGCUGGUAUUCUCGAUAAGAAGACCGUCGCUCGUUCAGAAGGUUCUUUAAUUCACGUCGUCAUCAACUCAUACAACACAAACAUCGCAAAGGACUUCCUCAACCAGACACAGCUCAUUGUCAACAACUGGCUUGAGCACAGAGGCUUCUCCAUUGGUCUCAUCGACUGCGUUGUUCCAGAUUUCGUUUUGCAAGAAGUCAAACACGAAAUUGACGAUGUCGAAUCCAAAGUACAGGCCACAAUCAUCAAAGCACAAGACGGACAGCUCGAACGUAUGCCAGGUAUGUCUUACAUGCAGUCAUUCGAAACAGAAGUUAACAACCUUACAAACGAAAUCUUGUCCAAGACAUACAAAGUCAUCAACGCAAAGAUCCGUAGAGAUAACUCUCUCUCGGAAAUGCUUUCCGCUGGUUCUAAAGGUGCUGACACGAACAUGUCACAAAUUAUCGGCGUUGUCGGUCAGCAGAACAUGGAAGGUAAGCGUGUCAAAUUCGGUUUCAACGGAAGAACUCUUCCACACUUCCAGAAACACGAAUACGGUCUCGUAGAACGUGGUUUCUGCAAGAAUUCAUAUAUUGCGGGUCUUACACCACCAGAAUUCUUGUUCCACGCUAUGGGUGGUCGUACAGGUAUCAUUGAUACAGCGUGCAAGACAUCAGAUACAGGCUACAUCCAGCGUAGACUUGUCAAAUCCAUGGAAUCCCACCAUGUUGCAUACGAUGGCACAGUCAGAAACUCACAGAAUGAGAUUGUUCAGUUCAUUUACGGUGGAGAUGGCUUAGAUGCAACAGGUUUGGAGACACAGAGGUUGGCAUUAGUCACUCUAAAUGAUGAGGAUUUCAUGAAGAAAUACCAUCUCGCUACGGAAGAUCCAACAUUCGGUCAAGUUGAAAUGGACGAUUUCGUUCUCGAUGAAUUCCUUAAGACACCGAACAAAGACAAGUUCCUCAAGGAAGAAGAGAACAGACUCAGGGAGUACAGAGAAAUCCUUCAGAAGGAAAUCUUCCCCAACGGCUCAAACACAGUCGUUGUUCCUGUAAACAUCGCUCGUAUCAUCGAAUCUUCACAGCGUCAGUUCGAUAUCAAUGUCCACGUCUCCAAAUCAGAUCUCAACCCUCUCGAUAUCAUUUCCCGUGUCGAUGAAUGCGUCAACUCUCUCAUUGUCGUCAAAGGAAAUGAUAACAUCUCUCGUACAGAACAAGAGAAUGCAACUCUUCUUCUCAGGAUCAUGCUUUACUCCCAUCUUUCCGCCAAACAAUGCAUCUUUGAGUACAGACUCAAUGAACAAGCCUUCAAGUACAUCUUGGGUUCAAUCAAGGAUAGAUUCUACAGAUCUAUUGUUGCACCAGGUGAAAUGGUCGGAACAAUUGCCGGCCAAUCCAUUGGUGAGCCAUCAACACAGAUGACAUUGAACACAUUCCACUUCGCAGGUAUCUCUGCACACGAUGUUACAUUGGGUGUUCCACGUCUUAACGAGCUCAUGAACCUCGCAAAGCACAUUAGAACUCCAUCUGUAACUGUCGAAUUCGAGAGAGAUGUUGCCAAAGAUGAAGAAAUCGUUAAAGCAGUUCGUGCACAGAUCGAAUCUGCUUCAUUCAAGAAGUUCGUCAUCAAGGCAGAGAUCUACUACGAUCCAAAUCCUGAGGAGACAAUCAUCGAGCCAGAUACAAAAUGGAUCAACACCAGAAUUAGAUACGGUGGUGUUGAAGACAGAGAACUCCAAGAUUUGGCUCCAUGGGUUCUCAGAUUUGAGAUCAACCGUGAAGAAAUGAUCGCAUCAAACAUCGAAUCCAUUUCCGACAUUGUCCAGAAGAUCAAGGGAAUGUACGGAGACAAGUUCUUCGUAAUCGGUGAUGAUGAUGCACGUAUCAUCAGAAUGCAGGCGAGACUGAAGGAUGAACAGGCAGAGUUCGCUAUGGAUGUUAAAUUCCUCAGAGAGACAGAGCAACAGAUGUACAAGUCCUUCACUCUCAAGGGUAUUCCAGGCAUUUCUCGUGUUAAAAUCAAUUCAGCCGCUGAGAAGAUGUUCUUGAAUCCAGAAACACACGGUUUCGAUAAAGAAAAAGUCUCCUGCCUUUACACAGAAGGUACUGCAUUCAGAGAGAUUCUCUCACUCGAUCACGUCGAUACUGUUCAUACAAUCACAAACGAUAUCUACCAGGUUUGCGAUGUAUUAGGUAUCGAAGCUGCCAGACACUCUCUUUCCUACGAAAUGAUGCUCAUUAUGGAAAACGCCGGUGCAGCUCUUAACAGGCGUCACCUUGAUCUUCUUGCAGAUACAAUGACACAAUAUGGUGUUUUGUAUCCUGUUUCAAGACACGGUAUCAACAAGACACCAACAGGAACCUUGAUGAGAGCUUCCUACGAAAUGACAAACGAUGUUUUCUUCGAUGCAGCUGUUUUCUCAGAGAUAGAUUACAUGCGCGAUGUAUCAUCAAACAUCAUCGCAGGAAAACCUUCUAGAGCAGGAACAGGUAUUGUCGAAGUCCUUAUCAACGAAGACUUGCUCCCAAUGACUAAAGGAAACAACGGAGGAGAAGAUCUCAUUGGCCCAGCAACGCCAUCUAUGAUGAUUUCUCCAGUUCCUCAAGGUUACGUUUCCCAGGACAAUAUCGUUACAUCUCCAUUCCAGGAUAUGCCGACAAACGAUAUUGUUCAGUCUCCAAUGAGCCCUGUUUCUCCAAUAGAGUCUCCUCUAAACGGUGGAGCACUCAGCCCAAUGCUUAUGGAUGCACAGUCUCCUUAUUUGUACGGUGCAGAAAAUGCGGCAUCACCAAUCAUGACUUACAAACAGAACUACUCAAUCACAAUGCCAUCACCGUCUUACCAAGGAAAUGCACAACUCCUCAACACAACUAUCACAGACCACGCUUAUUCUCCAAUUGCUGCUGCUUCUCCUUUGUCACCUCAGGCAAUGGGUCAGUCAAUGUCGCCUUUGUCUCCUGCUCAACAGUACGAUCCAACCAACUUCUCGCCUGCAGGAGGAUUCUCUAACACAAGGUAUAACCCAUUAUCUCCACAGACAAGACCGAUGACUUACUCGCCAAAUAAUGAUACUCCUUAUUCCCCAACUUACGAACCAAAGAAGAAAUAA